CCUUGAGACGAAGGUUUCACAAUCUGUUACCCCAAUUCGUCAAGAAAGCUGUUCUUAAGAGAUUUAUAGGUUAAGACGACCGCUCUUGUGCUGAAAUCACAGGCGAACAAGCAUUCUAGGUUGAAACUGAGCAACAACAAUGGUUGGGGAAGAGAAAAAAAGGCAUCAGAUGAUGCAAAACCUUUUUGGCGAUCAGUCGGAAGAAGAGGAAGAAGAAGAGGUUGAAUCAGAACACGAGUCCAAUCGGCAGCCUUAUUAUCACUCCGAUGAUGGAGAUGGAGGUGUAGAGCCAGAGGGAGAAGGUGAAGUUGAAGGUCAAGGGGAAGCAGAAGUAGAGAGUGAAGGGAAGUUACAUGGCACGGGGAAUGAUCUUGGAGAAAGUGCAAGUGAAGCGGGUUCACAAGAUGUGGAAAUUGAAGAUCAAAGAGAAGAUAGUGAAGGUAAAGACUCGUACAAUAAUGGAAUGAAGCAUUACCAUCAUAGAGGAGUUACAAGUGGAAGACUUGAUGAUGUUGAAAGUGGAUCAGAGAGAUCUCAUGGAAAUCAUUAUGCAGACAAUGAGGAUGAGGAGGUGGAGCAGGAUGGAAGUCCAAGGUCACCUGGUGAAGAGAAAGAUGAAAAUCAAAUUUUGGAAUCAGUUCCUGAGAUUCGUGAUGUUUUUGGUGACUCUGAUAAUGAAGAACCAGCUGAGUACGAGGUCCCAAAAAACCUUGAGAAAAAGUUUACUAGAUCUCCUAUGGAGGAGGAAGAGAGCUAUGGAAGGGAUCUAAGACCUGAAGACUCGGUACCCGAUGAAGAGGGUGCUCUGAACAACCAGGAGAAUGAGUUUAAUAGAUCCCCUAUGGAAGAUGAAGGAAGUUACGGAAGGGAACUAGAACCUGAAGAUGCUGUGCCAGAUGAAGAGGCGCAUUAUGGAUAUGAAGAUGAGAAUAUUGACGCAAAAAUUAAGGACAAACCAGUUGGCCCUCCAUUGGAGUUGGAAAUUCCGUUUUGUCAUCCUCCAGCUCAUCCGGACAAGAUGAACAUUAUUAAAGUUUCAAAUAUUAUGGGCAUUGAUCCAAAGCCUUUUGACCGCAAGACGUAUGUGGAAGAGGAUGUCUUUGUGACUGAUGAAUCUGGAUCAAAGAAGCGUAUAAAACUGGACAAUAACAUCGUCCGCUGGAGAGUUGUACAGAAGCCAGAUGGCAAAAAAUCUUAUGAAAGCAAUGCACGCUUUGUGAGAUGGUCAGAUGGAAGCCUGCAAUUGUUAAUUGGUAAUGAAGUGCUUGACAUAUCAGUGCAAGAUGCUCAACAUGAUCAAGCACAUCUUUUCCUUCGACAUGAAAAGGGAAUCCUCCAGUCUCAGGGAAGAAUUUCAAGGAAGAUGAGAUUUAUGCCUUCAUCAUUGACAUCAAACUCACACAGAUUGUUGACUGCUCUUGUCGAUUCCCGUCAUAAAAAGGUGUACAAGGUCAAAAACUGUAUCACCGACAUUGAUCCUGAAAGGGAAAAGGAGCAAAAGGAGAAGGCUGAAAGUCAAACAAUCAGAGCUAAUGAACUUCUUAGCCGGAAGAAAGAGAAAGUCAGUCGCAAGUAUUCAUACAUGCCAACUGUACGCAGGGAGCGUAAACUUUCACCUGGUUUCUUGGAAGAUGCUUUAGAUGAAGAUGAAGAGCCAGACUAUUACGAUUCUCGCCAAUCUUCUGGUCGACGUCGCUUUGAUGAUGAUCCUGAAAUGGAAGCUCGAGCUGAGAAACGAAUCAUCAGUGCCAAAAAGGGGUCGAGAGACCUCCCUAAGAAAUCAUCAACUGCUAGACCAUCUAGACAUACAGAAGAUCUUUCAGAAAGUGAGAGAGAAGAAUCGGAGUAUGAAACCGAUGGAGAGGAAUAUGAAAGAUCUCCACAAGGUAGGAAUAUUGAAGAGCCUGAGCUAGAAAAUGAAGAAGAGGAAGAGGAGGAAGCAGCAGACUACUCCGAUGAUGAGCGAGAGGAGCGAAAGAGGAAGGGGAAAGAGGUUGCAGGUGGUAGCCACAAACGGAAGGGGAUAGAGUCGGAUGAGGAAUCUCCUCCAAAGAAAGCUGCGACUCACAGGAGAAUGGCCAUUGUUUAUGACAGUGACGAUGAAUGAAAAUAACCUUAACUGGGAUUGCAACACAAGUCAAGUCAAGUCGUUAUAUACAACAGAUGUAUGGGUCCUUUCGAAGGUGAUGAUAUUUACUCAGAAAUAUCUUUAGAGAAUUUGAGAGUUUUACCAACCAAGAUUCUUCGGUUUAUUUUGUGAAAAUAUGGAUAUAGUGAAAGCAAGCCUUCUCACAACUGUUGUUAUUUUCAUCUAUAGGAAAGUAUGUCUGUCACUAAAAUGAUCAUUGAUGUUUUUAUUAUCUUUCCUAAAAUAAAUUACUUUAUAUUGAGUGUA